CCCAAGUCCAAUUACAAUACUUAUAUGAUUAUAUUCUGGUCCGAUAAAUCCAUUGGGCUUAUUAAUGGGCUUUAACUCUCUAAAACACAUUUUGGCGCGUGUAACAUCGCAACACAUCAAACGUAGGUGCGUGUACCUCACAUGAAAACACACGAGAACCACAUACGUACGCGUCCCCACCAAGAGUUUCGAGUUUUAACAAAAUGUCGUUUAUACCCUUAUACUUACCCGGCAAAUUUAUCGCAUGUUGCCGCCAAACUUUAUCACUUCCCUCGCUUCCAAGGCUAAAUCUCAGUGGGUAUUGACGAUAAUACCCUUCAUCUUCCUCAACAAGCUUUUUUCUUUGGAUAAAAAUUCCCGAACAAGCUUCUCGAAACCAAACAAAUUUCAAACAUUUUUAAUAUUUCCCUCCUCUAUUUUCCCUCUUCACGUCAAAAAUUCAAAAACCCCAAAACCCUAUAAUCUCCUAUAUAAAUAUUCAGCCCUAGAUCUUAUAAUUCAUCAAUCAAACAAUCUCUUCAAUCAAAUCUCUUCUUCAAUCAAAUCUUCAAAUCCCUUCAAAGAUGCCUUCAAUGCCAGAAGAGCCGCUCCUAACACCAACCCCAGACAGAUUCUGUAUGUUCCCAAUUCACUACCCACAGAUCUGGGAAAUGUACAAAAAAGCCGAAGCAUCAUUCUGGACCGCCGAAGAAGUAGAUCUAUCACAAGACAACCGCGACUGGGAAAACAGUCUCAACGACGGUGAACGUCACUUCAUCAAACACGUCCUCGCUUUCUUCGCUGCAUCUGACGGAAUCGUACUAGAGAAUCUCGCUUCUCGCUUCAUGUCCGAUGUUCAAGUCUCUGAGGCGCGUGCUUUCUACGGUUUCCAGAUCGCGAUUGAAAACAUCCACUCGGAGAUGUAUAGUCUCCUUCUCGAUACUUAUAUCAAAGAUAACAAAGAGAGAGAUCAUCUCUUUCGUGCCAUUGAAACAAUCCCUUGCGUCGCCAAGAAAGCUCAAUGGGCUAUGAAAUGGAUCGACGGUUCUCAGACUUUCGCCGAACGAAUCAUCGCUUUCGCUUGCGUCGAAGGUAUCUUCUUCUCCGGAAGCUUUUGUUCAAUCUUCUGGCUGAAGAAACGAGGACUCAUGCCUGGAUUAACAUUCUCAAACGAAUUGAUCUCACGUGACGAAGGUUUACACUGUGAUUUCGCUUGUCUACUCUACACGCUACUCAAAACAAAGCUUAGCGAAGAACGCGUGAAAUCAAUCGUCUGCGACGCGGUCGAAAUCGAGAGAGAGUUUGUGUGCGACGCGCUUCCGUGCGCGUUGGUUGGGAUGAACCGUGAUUUGAUGAGUCAGUAUAUUGAGUUUGUUGCGGAUAGGCUUUUGGGUGCGCUUGGGUACGGGAAGGUGUACGGUGUUACUAAUCCGUUCGAUUGGAUGGAACUUAUUUCACUUCAAGGGAAAACGAAUUUCUUCGAGAAACGUGUUGGUGAUUACCAAAAGGCUUCCGUUAUGUCUAGCGUUAAUGGUAACGGCGCGUUUGAUAACCAUGUCUUCUCUCUCGACGAAGAUUUUUAAAGAGCGUUUGUUUUGAUGCUAUAAUUACGAUUCUACUCUUGUAUUAUUACCGUGUAUUAUCCUUGGUUUUUGAAUUAAUGAAUAAUUAGUUGCUUUUAUCCUCUCUUUCUUCAGCUUAAUCUCCAUGAAU